GGGAUUUUCUCUCGGAGAGAAACGUCAAAAAUGUGCCUCAGUCCGCUGAUGGAGCUGUGAUGAAAUUCCCGUGUUUUGUGCAAAGAAACGAAGGACGGACAAGCGAUGGAUACCAGAGUAUCCCCGGCUAAACACUACGACAUUGAUGAUCCUCGUUUUCGCAUUCAUCCCAGCCAACAGAUGGUAUCAGCAUGUUCCGGUGCCCUCCUAACCUCCCUUUUCAUGACCCCCCUUGAUGUGGUAAAGACACGUCUCCAGGCACAACAGAAGAUGCUCUUGUCCAAUAAAUGUUUCCUCUACUGCAACGGCCUUAUGGAUCAUCUCUGCCCAUGUGGGACAAAUGGGAUUCUCAAGACAACCCCUCAUCUCAAUGGCACGAUAGAUGCCUUUGCAAAAAUUAGCCAAUCUGAGGGUAUUCGUGCCCUGUGGUCAGGAUUGAGUCCCACCCUGGUACUGGCUGUACCAACAACCGUGAUAUACUUUGUGGCAUAUGAGCAGCUGAGGGUGCAUGCAAAGGAUAAAUACACUGAAUUCCAUCCGGAUUGCACGGGGACUCCGUGGUGGAUUGCCAUGGGGGCGGGGUCAUUGGGUAGAACAAUAGCUGCCACCAUUGUGAGCCCCCUUGAGCUUGUACGAACAAAGAUGCAGUCACAGAAAUUGAGUUACUGGGAAGUUGGACAGGCGCUGAAGAGUAUGGUUAACACACAGGGAAUCCUGGGGCUGUGGACUGGCUUGCGGCCUACCCUUUUCCGCGAUGUACCCUUCUCAGGGAUCUACUGGACGUCGUAUGAGAGCAUAAAAGCCCUGUGCAACGUCACAGGGAGUCCUAGUUUCCAAUUUAGUUUUAUUGGUGGUGCUGUUUCCGGAAGUAUAGCUGCUAUCAUCACCACUCCAUUUGAUGUUGUAAAGACGCACAAACAAAUUGAGCUUGGUGAAAAACUAAUCUACACCGGUGAGUCCACAAAAAAAUCAUUUACUGCAACAUUAUGCAAUGGUAAUGUGGGAUUUUAUGCUGUAGAUACACCGAAAAAACCAAAAAAUGAGAGUGUUUUCCCAGCAUUGGAGAGCAUUUACCGACUCCAUGGGAUCCGGGGCUUAUUUGCCGGAAUAAUUCCGCGUCUUGUUAAAGUGGCACCAGCAUGUGCAAUUAUGCUGUCAUCCUUUGAAUAUGGAAAAGCAUUCUUUCACACCUACAACGUCACACAGUUCCAAAGGACAACGCCAGGCAAUUGAGGCUCCUCAAACAAAUUGUUGAUUUAUUCAAUUGACCAUAUCCACACACGUUGUUUGAUGAUGUACCUUUAAAACAUAAUUUUCUUUUGUUUGUGUGGCAUAUAAGUUUUUUUUGUAAUAUAAAUAGCGCCGUUAAGGCAUUAAGUUUAGGCAUAA